AUGUUCGGAUACCCAGGUGCCAGAAAUAACCUGCAAAGUCUCCUGCUGCCCCCAACCCAUUUCCGGGAUUCGGCCAGAAAUGCCAUCUACCAGCAGUUGCCUGCGCUGUUGAUCCAGUCUUCAGCAACGUCUGUGCGGUCGGCGCCCACACAGGUGAAACAUUUCAACCACUCGCAAAGACUGCGCCGUUCGCUGGCGUCAAGCGUCUUUUCUUGGGGAAAACGGAGCGUCAGAUCCGCACCCUCGAUCUACUCAUCUUCCACCACAACUAUUCCCGAAGAUAGCGAGCCUCUUACUACAACCAUCGAGCAACUCAUUAAUGACAUCGCGCUACAUGAGAAUUACUUCAAGGAACAGCUCUACCAGCAUAAACGAGAGACGAUGGGCGAUGAUAUUCUGUCGCAAAAGUCUCUAAUAGUGGACGACGAUGAAUGUGAAGAGUAUAAAAUCUCAUUGGGAAGUGAUCUCCAGUACCAGAAUGUGCCCGAGUCUUUGGUUGACUGGAACUUGAAUGUGACAAGAUGUAAGCUUAUGAUUACGGGAAUGCCCAUGGUUUCGUCUUCGCCCGACGGAAUUGUAUCUGGCCAGUCGUUGCCGCUUUUGGUCGGCGAUCUCGCUCAAAUUUGUCACAUUAUUCUCUUGCAGCCACACAUCACUGACAAGGAGCUCAUACAUACUCUCUACACAUCCAACCUCUACGUGGAGCACAAUCUCGAUCCCCACUUCAAAAAAUCUGUGGCAGAAGUUUCUGUCAAACAAUCUCGUCUUCUACAGAUAAGUCAACCGAAAAAGCAUCUCCCAUCUCCUCCAAUCACGCCCGCGGAGCAAUCCUAUCUCACAUUCCGCCAUAAGGAAAUAGCCCUACGGAACUACAUGGUGAACUUAGCUGCCGCCGCCACCACGGCCUACGAGUAUAAAAUCAGAAGUGAUGCAGCCAAGAGACAAUUGAAGAAACAGUUAGCUGAGGGAGAGAAGAGGAAACUCACAAGAGAAGAGAAGAAGGAACUAUGGGACAGCGUGCGUCUGGACGUCUUUAAAAGAGCUGGUCUUGAAGAGUGA